AUCUACAGCAGCGAUGAAGUCGUCCCCAUUUCUUAUAGUACCUUCUCAGCAGAAGGUGGCUCUUACUGCAGAGCACAGAGAAUGCCCUGGACAGGCAGAGAUGAUUUGGUGUGCACGGCACAGCAUGGCAUGCAAUGCAAUCAAACAGAUCUCUGAGCAUGAGGUGUGGGCUCUUUUUCCAUUUCAAUCGGUCCUUCUCCAUCCUAUUUAUAAUCUGCCUAAACUCUCCUGCAUAGCAAACUCCCCCAAAAGAACGAGGGUUGAGGAUGCACUGCAUCUGCUUGCAUUUUUCCUGUGGGAGAGAAGGAGGUGGACUGGGAUAUGGAUGAAACUAGCUUGUUUCACAUCCUGACAGCAGAUAUUUCUGUCCCCUCCUUGCCUUCCUCCAGUUCCCCACACACCCCAAGAAAAGCUUUUUGUGCCUCCCCAUGUUAGCGCUAGGACAGCUCUGCCUGGUCUUGGGCACUCGCACCUGAUUUUCCUCUAAGAGCAAAUUGCUCAGGACUGUUUGCAAAGUUCAUAAAACGCUAUCCAUGGCUCCUGUUUCCAGUACCACCUGGGAAGUGGCUCCAGCGUGGGAGUUAUUGCAGGAACACUGUAAAUGCCUGUCCUUGACAGCCCUUGGAGCUGUCAGCUUCACUGGUCUUAGAUAACGUUCCUGGUAGUUAGAUACCCACAGCUGGACAGGACGCAAACAUCCCAGGUGCCUCUGGGAUUUCCCUCUUCUCCUGCCCCACUGUGGGAACACACAAAAUUCCUGGUCCCCAAACACCUUCCCAUAUCCCCCAGCCUCGGGUCACCGGACCCUUUCCGAAAUGCCCACCAUGCACUGACUCCUGGCAGCCAAAACCACACAGAAAAAGCAUCUCCUCUCCAACAGGCGCUCAUGACACUUUCUUUUACCCUCACCACAUCAUCCUGGGCCAUAAACGCCAGCCUGGUGCCCAGGGGAAGGAUCAGUGAAUGAGGAACACGUUCUCCACCUCAGUGCUGGGGUCCGUGCCCUGACUUGCCUGGAAAGACCCCAGAGCUGAUGCUGAGGCAGGGCAGGAACCUGCUUUUGGGGUUUCUUUACCUUGCAUCAGGAUAGUCCAUACACAGAGUAUAUUAAAGCUUUACAGCGCUUUAGCAAAAGCAUACUUUGUGCAGAUGGUCUAAAUCUUCCCAGUUUACACCUCCAUUCCUUGAAAAUUAACAGCAGGGACCUUCUCCGUCUGACUGAUGGUGCUUUCCUUGCAGCCCUGCUGCCUUUUCUCAAAGCUCUGAAUAAAUUCACUCACACUCAGAAAAAAAAACCUGUUAAUGAGCACUACUAAUUAGUCAGUCUGGCUUAAAACUGUGACACCUUUUUUUCAGUGAGUUUGUAGUUUUUUUAAUCCAACUGAUCUUUCAGGCCCGUCCAUCAAUUUCCCUCUCAGCUCCCAGAAGAGUUGGAAACACACUUUUUCUUGAGCACAGAUGCUGUUGGGUUUGUCAAGCUGGCAGUGGCUGCGGGAUGGCAUGACACAGCACGAGGCACACGGAAACACCCAACAACAAAUGCAAACACUGGUGACUGCCCAGCAAAAGCCAAGCAGGUAAAAUGCAAGUUAUUUGCUGAGGACAAAGACAGGAGAGAGCGAUUCAUCCCCAGCAGCCUCCUCACUGGGGAGCCUGGGAACACACCGGCCCUGGAGAAUCUUCUGGCUCCUUGGAUGUCCCCAGCAGGCUCAUGCCAACACAUGUGACCCUGCCGUGUGGCCCCUCCUGCCAGGGACGCCAGCAAUAUUUAUUUGAGGUGAAAGGCAGCAAACAGCACAGCUCUCACUGCCCUUCAUGGAGAUGUCCCACCUCGGCGCUUGGAGAAGGACCACAACAGCUUCAGCCCUGUUUGCUUCUACCCUGCAUGCACCGAUUUCGUUAAUCCAGUGCCGUGCCCAAUGCACCAGCAGGUCUGUGCUAUGGCCCUGUGAGCUGUGCCACAGCCCAGAUCAGCAGCGUGGCACAAAAACCCACAUGGACCCCAUCGAUCCCAUUGCCAGGAUGGUAACCACAGCCCACUGAGACCCUUCCAGCAAUGGCCAGACCCUGCCUCCACAGGGCCAGGCAGCCUUUACACUCAAGGGCUUCUCAAGGCUGAGGAGCUGCUGUUUCCCCUCAAGGUGUGUGAACCAUUAGACUCAGCAGCAGAACCACAUCCUCAUGUCUGGGCCACGGAGCAAGUGGGAGAGCUCCAGCCAAGCAGGUCCAGCUUGGACCAUGCUGUUCCCAAAGUCCCAUGGCUCCCACCAGCUGGUGGUAGCUGCUUUCUUCCGGACACUGCCAUAUCAUGCCAUACCACGCACCAAUUCAGCAGGAUGCUGCAAGCUCUGGACCACCCCAUUGGAAGUCUCACCCUGGCAUAACCCCGACCACGCUGCAGGAUGGGGUUGAACAACCCCAACUCUCUCAGCCUGUCCUCAUAUGGGAGGUACUUCAGCCAUCGGAUCAUCUCCAUGGCCUCCUCUGGACUCAUUCCAACAGAUCCAUGUCCUUCCUGUCCUGAGGCUUCCAGAACUGAACACAGGACUCCAGGGUUCAGCAACACCUUCAACAUCGACACCAAGAGGCCCAAAAUCAUAGCUGGCUCUAAGGAGGCAUAUUUUGGCUACACGGUGCAGCAGCACGACAUCGGAGGGAAGAAAUGGCUGGUGGUGGGAGCUCCCUAUGAAACCAAUGGCCAGCAGAAGACAGGAGAUGUCUACAAGUGCCCGGUGACCAGCGACACCCACAACAACUGCACCAAACUCAACCUAGGACGGGUAACGCUCUCCAACGUCUCCGAGAGGAAGGACAACAUGCGCCUCGGCCUCAGCCUGGCUACCAACCCCAAGGACAACAGCUUUCUGGCCUGCAGCCCGCUCUGGUCCCACGAGUGCGGGAGCUCCUACUACACCACGGGCAUGUGCUCCCGCGUCAACUCCAACUUCAGGUUCUCCAAGACAGUGGCUCCAGCUCUGCAGAGAUGCCAGACAUACAUGGACAUAAUCAUAGUUCUGGACGGAUCAAACAGCAUCUAUCCUUGGGUUGAAGUUCAGCAUUUCCUGAUAAACAUCUUGAAAAAAUUUUACAUUGGCCCCGGCCAGAUACAAGUUGGAGUUGUUCAGUACGGAGAAGAUGUCGUCCAUGAGUUUCAUUUAAAUGACUACAGGUCUGUAAAAGAUGUGGUAGCGGCUGCCAGUCACAUAGAGCAAAGAGGAGGUACAGAAACCAGGACUGCCUAUGGGAUAGAGUUUGCUCGCUCGGAAGCGUUUCAGAAAGGUGGCCGGAAAGGGGCAAAGAGAGUAAUGAUUGUAAUCACAGAUGGAGAGUCGCAUGACAGCCCAGACCUGGAGAAGGUGAUCGAGGACAGCGAGAAGGAUAACGUUACCAGAUACGCAGUGGCGGUAUUGGGUUAUUAUAACAGAAGAGGAAUCAAUCCCGAAGCGUUUUUGAAUGAGAUAAAGUUUAUAGCGAGCGACCCAGACGACAAGCAUUUCUUUAACGUCACCGACGAAGCAGCACUCAAAGAUAUUGUGGAUGCACUGGGGGAAAGGAUAUUUAGCUUGGAAGGAACCAACAAGAAUGAAAUCUCCUUUGGCCUGGAAAUGUCUCAGACGGGAUUUUCAUCGCAUGUUGUGGAAGAUGGGAUCUUGCUGGGGGCAGUGGGUGCCUAUGACUGGAACGGAGCUGUCUUGAAGGAAACCAGCAGUGGGAAGGUCAUUCCCCUUAGAGAAUCCUAUCUCCAGGAGUUCCCAGAGGAGCUGAAAAAUCACGGAGCAUAUUUAGGUUACACCGUCUCCUCUGUCAUAUCCACCAAGCACGAGCGCAUUUACGUCGCGGGAGCACCCAGGUUUAACCACACUGGGAAAGUCAUCAUUUUCAGCAUGCACAACAACCGAAACCUCACCAUCCACCAGGCACUGAAGGGAGAGCAGAUUGGAUCCUACUACGGCAGCGAGAUCAACUCCCUCGACGUCAACGGUGACGGCGUCACUGACGUUUUGCUGGUGGGAGCCCCCAUGUACUUCAGCGAGGGCAGGGAGAGAGGAAAGGUCUAUGUCUACACCCUGCGGGAGCAGAACCACUUCAUUUCCAGCGGUGCCCUCAUCGAUCUGCAGAGCUACCAGAACUCUCGCUUCGGCUCCUGCAUUGCUGCUGUGCCAGACCUCAACCAGGACUCCUACAAUGACCUUGUCGUCGGGGCACCUUUGGAGGACGAGCACCAAGGAGCAAUAUACAUAUUCCUGGGCUUCAAAGAGACCAUCCUGAAGAAGUACAAGCAGAGGAUAGCAGCUAUGGACCUUGCACCAGGCCUGAUGUAUUUUGGAUGCAGCAUCCAUGGACAGCUGGACUUGAAUGAAGAUGGGCUCAUAGACUUGUCUGUCGGCUCUCUGGGGAAUGCCGUGCUGUUGUGGUCCCGCAGCGUGGUCCAGAUCAAUGCCAGCAUCCGCUUCGAGCCCUCCAAAAUCAACAUCUUCACCAAGGACUGCAAGCGGAACGGGAAGGAUGCCACCUGCAUGUCAGCCUUCAUCUGCCUCACUGCCGUCUUCCUCUCUGCUCACUUCCAGACAGCCAGCGUGGCGCUGCGGUACAAUGCCACCAUCGACGAGCGCAGGUACACGCCGCGGGCUUACCUGGAUGAGAGCGGAGAGCGGCACACACAGAAGGGGUUGGUGCUGUCUGCGGGGCAAGAGCACUGCGACAGGCUCCAGUUCCACGUCUUGGACACAGCUGACUAUGUGAAGCCAGUAACGUUCUCCAUCGACUAUGAGCUGGAGCACCCUGAGAACGGCCCCAUGCUGGAUGAUGGCUGGCCCACCUCACUCAAGGUCUCGGUACCUUUCUGGAACGGCUGCAAUGAGGAUGAACACUGUGUCCCUGAUCUGGUCCUGGAUGCCAGGAGCGACGUUCCCAGUGCCAUGGAGUACUGCAGGCGGGCGCUGCGGAGGGCUCCGACGGACUGCUCUGCCUUCACCCUCUCCUUCGACGCCUCCGUCUUUGUCAUCGAAAGCAGCAGGAGGAGGGUGGCCGUAGAGGCGACGCUGGAGAACCGAGGAGAAAACGCCUACAGCACAGUUCUCAACAUCUCCUUCUCCAGAAAUCUCCAGUUUGCCAGCUUGAUCCCUAAGGAUGACACAGAUAUCAACAUUGACUGCAUGACUGAAGACAAGAACCCCAACAAGAAAGUGUGCAACGUGAGCUACCCCUUCUUCCGAGCCAAGGCCAAGGUAUCAUUUCGCCUGGAUUUUGAAUUCAGCAAGUCGAUUUUCCUUCAAAGCAUGGAGAUCUACUUGAUCGCUAACAGUGACAGCGAGGAGAAGGAAAGCACCAAGGAAGACAACUUUGCCCACCUGAAUUUUCACCUGAAGUAUGAGGCUGACCUGCUCUUCACCAGGACAUCAAGCCUGGACUACUACGAAAUCAGGUCAAACAACUCCCUGGAGAGAUACAACAGCAUCGGUCCCCCCUUUCAUUGCAUCUUCAAGCUGCAGAACCUCGGCUUCUUCCCAGUGGAGGGGGUGACCAUCAAGCUCACCAUCCCUGUGGCCACCCGGGCGGGCAACCGGCUCCUGCUCCUGAACAGCUUCAUGGUGGAUCAGGAGAACACAACCUGCAACAUCUGGGGAAACACCACUGACUACCGAAGAACACCAGCAGAGGAGGACCUCUCCCGCAUCCCCCACCUGAACCACAGCAACUCUGACAUCGUUUCUAUCGACUGCAAUGUGAAAUUAGCCCCCAACGAGGAGAUGAACUUACACUUACAUGGCAAUCUGUGGAUGAAGUCUCUGAAAGCACUGAAGUUCAAGUCACUGAAGAUUACCACGACCGCUGCUCUCCAGCGACGCUUUGGAAGCCCCUUCGUCUUCCGAGAGGAGGACCCCAGCCGCCAGAUAACAUUUGAAAUAUCCAAACCAGAGGAGUCACAGAUUCCCAUCUGGAUCAUCCUGGGGAGCACCUUAGGAGGUCUCUUGCUCCUGGCCCUGCUUGUCCUCGCCCUCUGGAAGCUUGGAUUUUUCAAAAGUGGGAGCCACAGACGAGCAGCGGAGCGGGAGCGUAACACCCAAGGGCUGGAGUGAUGCUGCCAGGGCUGCUGGUUUAUCACCCCCAGCACCGCUUCCAGCCCCUCGCUGGUCACGGAGCA